UUAAAUAGGUUUUAAUAAUCCAGGCAGGAUGAGGCUAUAGGGCAAGACUGAUCUUACUCAUUACUCUUUGCACUUUCCUUAGCUCCAUCUAACUGCGCAGAAGCAAAGGAGACAAGCUGAUGACAGGUGCUCUGACAGCCAGAUCCCAGGAGCUGGUGACAUUUGAGGAUGUGGCCAUCUAUCUCACAGAGGAGGAAUGGGCACUACUGGACCCUGCACAGAGGAGGCUCUACAGGGACGUGAUGCUGGAGAAUUAUGGGAAUGUGCUUUUAGUAGGCUUUCCAGUUUCCAAACCGGACCUAAUCUCUCAGCUGGAGCAAGGGCAAAUUCCAUGCGUGCCAUUUCCACCCAGAAUGAAGAUUCCAAUGAUUCAUGUUGGUUAUGGGAUUGAGUCUGAAAAUAAAGUGUCUAUUCCAAAGCAAGACAUUGCUGAAGAAGGCAAAGCGCAGAGUAUGUUAUUGACCAAACCUCCCAGGGCCAGUUGCCAUAACAUUGAAGAAAAUUCUGACCAUGACUCUAGACUGGACCAACAUUCUGUAAACACACUGAAGGAGGAACCAAGGUGCCCUCUUUGCCAGGAGACAGAUUUCAAGCAGGUGACUGGUAUUUAUAGCAGUGGCCUUAAAGUAAGAAGAGGGCAUGAAUGCAUUAAGAGUGAUGUUAGCUCAAACUCUGUUACACAACAGAGAUAUCCCAUCCGAAAGAAAUCCAAGGUCUGUGAUUCAUUUCACCGCUGCUUUAUGAGACGUCAGAGUAAGCACAAGGGAGAGCAAAACCAUGAAUGUGCUACAUGUGGGAAAGCCUUCAGCAGGAACUCAAGCCUUCUGGAGCAUCAGAGAAUUCACAGUGGAGAGAAACCCCACAAAUGUCGUGAAUGUGGGAAAGCCUUCAGCAGGAACUCAAGCCUUCUGGAGCAUCAAAGAAUUCACAGUGGGGAGAGACCCUAUAAAUGUAAUGAAUGUGGGAAAGCUUUCAACAGGAACUCCAGCCUUCUGGAACAUCAGAAAAUUCACAGUGGUGAGAAACCCUACAAAUGUAAGGAAUGUGGCAAAACCAUCAGUAGAAAAUCAAGCCUCAUUGAACACCAGAGAAUUCAUAGUGGGGAGAAACCCUAUAGAUGCAGCAAAUGUGGGAAGGCCUUCCGGGGACACUCAGACCUUUCUAAGCAUAAGAGAAUUCAUACUGGAGAGAAACCCUAUCAAUGUAAAGAAUGUGGUAAAGCUUUCAGAAUUAGGUCAGGCCUUACGAGCCACCAUCGGAUUCAUACAGGAGAAAAACCAUAUACAUGUAACAUAUGUGGCAAAGGCUUUAGGGCACAGUCAGACCUUAUUAAGCAUCAGAGCAUUCAUACAGGAGCAAAACCCUAUGAAUGUAGGCAGUGUGGGAAAGCCUUCAGGGUGAAUUCAGAUUUUGUUAAACACCUGAGAAUUCAUACAGGAGAGAAACCUUACGAAUGUAAUGAAUGUGGGAAAGCCUUUCGGGUCAGUUCAGGUCUUAUUAGCCACCAGAGAAUUCAUACAGGAGAAAAACCCUAUCAUUGUAAUGAAUGUGCUAAAAGUUUUAGGGGGCACUCAGACCUUAUUGAACACCAGAGAAUUCACACUGGAGAGAAACCCUAUGUAUGUCAUAAGUGUGGGAAAGCCUUCAGGGGGAACUCGGACCUUAGUAAACAUCAGAGAAUUCAUACAGGAGCAAAACCCUACGGGUAUAAGAAAUGUGGGAAAGCUUUUCGAAUUGGCCAUCACCUUAGUCAAUAUUAGAGAAUUCACAGGAUCGAGAAACCCUAUGAAUGGAAGAAAUGUGGGGAAGCCUUCAUCCUAUCUUCUUUCCUCCAUCAAUAUUAGAGAAUUCACAGGAUCGAGAAACCCUAUGAAUGUAAUGAGUGUGGGAAAGUCUUUGGAGGGCACUCACACCUUGUCCGACACCAAAGAAUUCAUACCGGAGAGAAGCCCUAUGAAUGCAAUCAAUGUGGGAAAGCCUUUAGUCAGAACUCAGUGCUAACUAAACACCAAAGAAUUCACACUGGGGAAAAGCCUUUUGAAUGUAAGGAAUGUGGGAAAGCCUUCAGGGGUAGCUCAGCACUUAUUGUACAUCUCAGGGUUCACACGGGACAGAAACCCUAUGAUUGUAAUGAAUGUGGAAAAAAGUUCAGAGGGAGAUCAGACUUGAUUCAUCAUCAGAGAAUUCAUAGUGGAAUAAAGCCCUAUGAAUGCAAAGAGUGUGGGAAAGCCUUCUCAGCAAGCUCAGGCCUUAUUCAGCACCAGAGGAUUCACAGUGGAGAGAAACCCUAUAAAUGUGAUGAAUGUGGGAGAGCCUUCACAGGGAGCUCAGGCCUUAUUCAGCACCAGAGGAUCCACAGUGGAGAGAAACCCUAUGUAUGUGAUGAAUGUGGGAGAGCUUUCCGGGUGAGCUCAGAUCUUAUUAGACACAAGAGAAUCCAUAGUGGAGCAAAGCCCUAUCAGUGUGAGAACUGUGAGAGUACCUUCAGGUGGUGGUCAGGUCUUAAUAGCCAUCAGAGUAUUCACACUGGCGAGAAGCCUUACACUUGUAUUAAGUGUGGAGAAGCCUUCAAAGGGCACUCAGAUCUUACUAAACACUUGAGUAUCCAUGGUGAAGAGAAACCCUCUGAAUGUAGUGAUUGAGGGAAAGGCUUCAAUCAGAACACAGGCCUCUUUCAGCAGAGAAAAUUUCACAAAGAGUAA